UAAUUUUCGUGGAACAAAAGUCACAACACUUCUGUGAAGGAGGGUCACAAUCGGUUCGUUUGUUUAGCGAUAGAACCUACCCUCAAAAGCGGUAGCGGGCGGUCGUUCUUCUAAUCGCACCUUUUCGUAACCUCAUAUCAAUCAAGAAAAGGGAAGGGGUUAAAGGUGUGCUUGCAAUGCCACGCGUACAUAUCAUAUUGCUCGUGUUUACGAUAGCGCUUCUCAGUACAAAUGGCCAGAACGCGAAUUUGAAGAAUGCGCAAAAGCACACCGCCACCCCGAUGUCGGUGGGCGGCCUUCAGCGGGUGGCCGUCUAUCCGAUGACGCUUCUGCCCGAGGCCUUGGAAAAUCUGCUCGUCGAGCGGGUGGUCGGAUCGCCAGGCCACGAGAAUGUGAAAAACUACAUCGUGCAGCAGAUGCAGCGGCAUGGCUACACCGUCGAGCUGGACGAGUUCGAUGAAACCGUGCCCAUCCUGGGGAAGCUACGAUUUGCCAACGUGAUCGCGUCGCUGAACCCCAAAGCUACCCGCAAUCUGGUGCUGGCCUGCCACUACGACAGUAAAUACUUCCCCGGCAAACAGUUUAUCGGAGCGACCGAUUCGUCCGUGCCGUGCGCGAUGCUCAUUACGAUGGCGUCCCUGCUCGCUCCCCAUCUCGAGUCCAUCAAAGCCAGGACGGACCUGAACCUGCAGUUCAUUUUCUUCGACGGCGAGGAAGCAUUCCAGAACUGGUCCGAGCGAGAUUCGCUCUACGGUGCGCGCCACCUGGCCGAACGGAUGGAGCGCGAUGGUACGCUGCAACGGAUGGACCUGCUCGUGCUGCUCGAUCUGCUCGGUACGCCCGAGCCAACCUUUUACAGCUACUUUGCCGAGACGGAAAACUGGUACGUGCAGCUAAUUUCCGCCGAACGGCGGCUGGACGAGCUGGGCCAUCUGGAGAACUACAGUACGAGCAGCGUGUCGCCCACCCAGAGAACGAUCGCGUACUUUAAGCCCGCCUCAGUGUUUGCGGGCAUCGAGGAUGAUCACAUACCGUUCCUAAGGCGGGGCGUGCCCAUCCUGCACGUCAUUCCCAGCCCCUUCCCCGAGGUUUGGCACAAGCUGGAAGAUAAUGCGGACAUCGUGGACGUACCGACGGUGCGCAAUUUGGUGCGCAUAUUUUCCGUCUUUGUGCUGGAGUAUUUGAACGUGCCGUUAUGACAGUCGCAUGAUGAAUUGUAGAACAUGCAGCACCAUUCCAAUCGGAGCGGUACGCGUACUUACACGCUCGGGGCUAAUUUUAUCUCUUGUUUUUUGAGCGAUUUUUAAAUAAUUCAUUACGGUUUCUUAUCGUGAAGGAAGCAAAGGAAAAAAAGAAGGAAAACACCAAUCUUACUGUUAAAUGGGCCUUUCCCCCCUUCCAAGCGUACUACAUAUCUGUAAAAAACAAUGUAACACUUUUGUGCAAUAAAUACAAAUUGUUGAACAAUCAUAGAAAA